CUUGUUUCCCGAACUGCCUUGCCCGCCCCCAGUGCGGCGUCUAACGGUAGACGGGACUUUGGUUUCCCUCCGUUUUCAGGCACAGCGUUGUGUUUGCCCACCCAGGUUAUUCCGCAGGCGGAAGGGGGAUCCCAAGUGUAUGUGGAUCUCCGCUGACAGCUCUAAGAUGGUCGAGCUUUGGAGGCAGAGAAGAGUCUCCUCCUCCUCCUCAUGUUCAGUUGGUUUAGCUUUUCUUCUUCUUUGAUCCUGGCUGUUAUUUCAGAUGCAGGAGCCGUUGAUGAAGGUGGAAAUGGUCGCGGUAUCUCCAGAAGGCGGAGAAGCUCUCUCCGGUCUCUCUAUGGAGCAUCUGUUGGGAAGGAUCUCUGAGGAGGAUCCAACUCGGGCCACGUUGCCAUGGAAUGGAAGGCUGCUGAUGGAAAUUGCUGAAACAUCCCCUCCUCUUUGUGGUGGAGCUGCAACAGCUCAGGGCUUGGUGUCCUUUGAGGAGGUGGCGGUGUAUUUCACGGAGGAGGAGUGGGCGUUGCUGGGUCCCAGCCAGAGAGCAUUACAUGGGGAAGUGAUGAUGGAGAAUUCUAGGAAUGUGGCCAGUCAGGCUUAUGGGCAAGAGCAUGACAAUUACAAUGAGCCCAGCACAGUGCUAUUACAAAUGCUCAAGUCUGAAAAAGGGGCACUUCAAAAGAGUAAGAAAAGUUGCAUGAGGAAUGGAGGGAAGAAAUCUUCUGGUCACAGGGAAGUCCACGACCUCUCAGCGCAGCAAGUUCACCAACAAGAAAAAAAGGGAAAAUAUCUUGGAUGUGGCAAAACAGACAAAGAGACAUCUGAUUUCAUUAAACACUGUACAACUCAGACUACAGAGGAAUAUCAAGAAAAUGGGCAAAGUAUCAGUCAUACCUCCUCUUUUACUUUACAUCCCCAAUCGUAUAUCAAAGAGACAGCACAUGCAUUUAUAAAAAUCAGUUUGAGCAGUCAUCUUAUUUCCCAUAAAGAGGAAAUACUGUAUGAGUGUGGAAAGGGUUUCAGCAAGAAGCAGUUGAUUUUUUUACCCCAAAAAAUUCACCCAAGGGAGAAACCAUAUAAAUGUGUGCGGUGUGAAAAGACUUUCACUCAGAGAAGUAACCUUAUUAUACAUGAAAGGAUCCACACAGGAGAGAAACCAUAUGUAUGCCUGGUGUGUGGAAGAAGGUUCAGUCAGAGUGGUCAUCUUACAAGACAUAAAAGAACCCACACUGGGGAGAAGCCCUAUCAGUGCACAGAAUGUGGAAAAAAAUUUAGUUUUUGCGGUAGUUUUAUAGUGCAUAAGAGGUUGCACACAGGAGAGAAACCGUAUAAGUGCUUGGAAUGUGGAAAAACCUUCAGUCAGAACAGUCACCUUUUGAAACAUGAGAGAAUUCACACAGGGGAGAAACUGUAUAAAUGCCUAGAGUGUGGAAAGAGUUUCAGUGCAAGCUGGCAAUUUAGAUAUCACAAAAGAAUUCACACAGGGGAGAAACCAUAUGAAUGCUUGGAGUGUGGGAAGAGCUUCACUUACAGCAGUCAGCUUACUUGCCAUAAAAGAACUCAUACAGGGGAGAAACCGUAUAAAUGUUUGGAGUGUGGAAAGGAUUUUAAUAAAAGCAGCAGUCUUACAAAUCAUAAAAAAAUUCACACAGGAGAGAAACCCUAUAAAUGCACAGAAUGUGGAAAGUGCUUCAAUCAGAACAGUUACCUCAGGAAACAUAAGAGAAUUCACACUGGGGAGAAACCAUAUAAAUGCCUAGAGUGUGGAAAAAGCUUUACUCAGAGAGGUCACCUUAUGAUGCAUGAAAGAAUCCAUACAGGGGAGAAACCCUAUACAUGCACUGAAUGUGGAAAGAGCUUCAAUCAAGACAGUUACCUUAGGAAACACAAGAGAAUUCACAUAGGGGAAAAACCAUAUAAAUGCACUGAGUGUGGAAGGAGCUUUUGCUACAGCAGUCGCCUUACAUGCCACGAAAGGAUUCACACAGGGGAGAAACCAUAUACAUGUUUUAAAUGUGGAAGGAAGUUCAGGGGAAGUGGUAGCUUUAUUAUGCAUGUAAGAAUUCACACAGGGGAGAAACCAAUAAAUGUUUGGAAUGUGGAAAGAGUUUCAGUCAGAACAGUGUCCUUAUUUGCCACAAAAGGAUUCACACAGGAGAGAAACCAUACAAAUGCAUGGAGUGUGGAAAGCACUUCAGUCAGAACAGUAACCUUAUCAAACAUACAAUAAUUCACAGAGGGGAGAAACCUUGUAAGUGCACAGAGUGUGGAAAGAGGUUCAGUCAGAAAAGUCUACUUGUGCAACAUAGAAGAAUACAUGCAGG